AUGUGCGAUGUUUGCUCCGGUUUCCUAAAUCUUCUCGUUUCGUACGAGUCCCGAUUCAACGGUAGCCAUGACGCCAAUCAACCGGUGUUGCUACAAAAGCGCGAGGUGGAAACCGUCCUUAGCUACAUCCAAACGUGGCCCAACAGGCAGUGUAUGUGCUGCUAUCGGGAUGCAAAGAAUUUCGAACGAUUCAAUCUGGUCGUGCAAGGCAUCAUCUGCUUUACCGUGCACCAGCUAAACAACAUUCGCAAGCUAUUGGCCCAGGACCAGCUGCAAGCUUCACCGUAUGCGGGUCUUGGCGUCCAGGCUGGUUCAACGUCCUCGGAAUCACCGGCAUCGGAAAAAGACGCCUCGACUGCAAGCAUAGCCGAAGAUGGGACAGAUGAGAGCAGUGAUAAGGCUGUGUCAGGUGGCCAGGAUCAAUCUCUUAAGUCGCCUACCGAUGUCAACGAUCGUGCGGCUUCCAUGGGUACAGGUACUAUUAUUGCAGAGGUUCGUACCGAUAGCAAAGAUGACUCGCCGACAUCGAGAGGAGGCAGCAAGCAGCAAACCUCGAUCACGACCAGUCAGUCUUCAGCGGAAGAAGUUUGGACGUUGCUGGAUGUAGAAAAGCUGCUCAUUCUGGUGUCGAAGGUAUUUCUGCUCAACUUUCCACUGUACGUGGCCUACAAGCACAGUGUGCACACGCGGAUGGAAGAAGUUUCGCCACAGGAAGUGCAAACGCUGAGCCUGUUUUGCGACCUGCACGAAACGGAAAUUUCGGCCUUUCUGCUGCGCAAUGUCUCGCUGUUUUGCAAUUACGCUGGCUUUGAGGCGAUGAUGCAGUGCUUUGAUCAACCCGGACUACCCGUUUCAACAGCGCACGCCAUAACCGCCACGAGCUCAAACAUCAAGCUGUGGAUAAACUAUCGCUCGACCGUACAGCUGUUUAUUCCACUGCGCGUCAAGGUUCUACAGUACAUGUGCCGGCUCUCCGAUCAGGAUCUGCGUUCACCGGCUACAAAAUCGAUGGCCGAUUUCAUGUGGACGGCUAUCAAGGAUCCGUUCGAUUCACAGAUAACGUUUGACACGGAGGGAUUGGCGUUGGCAUUCAAGUACUUCACGUCCUCGACACUAACGAUGCGGUUGGCCGGAAUGGCACAGAUAAACGCACACAUCAACAUGUUUAAUGAUAUUUGCACGUCAGAGACGGUAUCCGAGGUUGAGGCAGUAGGGCUUAAGCUGGCGAACUGGCUGUCCGAGAACCAGAUUAUAUCGCAUCUGUUUGGGCCGAACCUACACGUCGAGGUCAUCAAGCAGUCCCACAUUGUGCUCAACUUUUUGGCAGUAGAAAACCAAAUCACCGAGGAACACAUGACGCUAAUGUGGCAAGCGGCCCAACUCAAGCACUGCUCUAAGACUAUCUAUGAUAUACUUCCGUCGCUGGUCAAAAACCUCGCGCCGAAACCGGCUACCCACCUGUACACUUUGCUAUGUCGGUUGGAUCCGAAGGAGCACACCGAACAGAGCAUUUACAUUGCGUCCGCCCUAACAAAGCUGAUUUGGAUGCGUGACUGCUCGCGGCAAACACUGAUGGAUAUGAGCAAGUCCGGGGCAGGAGCUACCAUAAAUGAUAUUGCGACGGGACGUGGGGACUAUAACGAGCUGCCGUCCAGCUCCGAAAACAGCGUUAGCGUGGAUGGUACCAACAGUGAGGACGAGCAUCCCGAGGAUGAUAGCUCCGAUCCCGACGUACCAACAGGAGCACCUGUCGUUGUUGCAGGCGGCCGUAAGCCUUCCGGUCCGCUGUUGGCGAUGGGACCAGAUCGCGAAGCGAAUGAAUCCGACAACGGGGCACCGCCUUGCAAACAGGCGCGUCAUAAAAUAUGUUGUGAUGAAACCACUGAUGAUGGCAUAAAAGUAGAGCCGGAUAUUUACAAUGUUCACCAGCGGAUGAAAGAAAAAAUAACAAUUCCAAUAAUGACUCGUUCUAUCGCUGGUUUCAACGAGGAAGCUACCAGUAGCGACGAGUGCAUCGAUGUAGAUGAAUCAUUUCUGAUGCGAAAGAAGCUUCGCAAAAAACGCCGAAAAAUAAGCGGACUAACACGCAAAGAGCUUCACGAGCUGCAGGAAAGCGUUUCCGACGUAGAAGACAGUGAUUUGCUGGCCGCAAUGAUGCCUGACAGUGAUUGCAGUGACAACAAUUUGCAGACGUCGGUGUUGCGACAUAUUCAACAUCAACAGCAACACCAUCACCAUGGUGGACCUCUGGGGCCAGGUACAAUCAACGAUCGACAACAACUCGAGGUUGAUCGUGCUGGAGCUAACCUACUAGGAGCCGCUCGAGCAGCAGGUCUCAACGAUGAUGUAUCCAGUUUCAUGGGCGCGAUGGGCGAUGGACAUUUGAUAAACUUUCUACACGCGGCGGAAGCGGCCGAAAACGAUGGUAGCUGUUCGUCGCCGAUGAGCAACAAAUCGGAAAAGAAUAUGGCCGAUUUUGAUGACGAAGAUUCGCCGUGUGAAGAGGAACUGGCACAGCUGGCAGCCCGUGCAGAAUCGCUCCAUCAGGGGUUUCCCAUACCGCGGCCUCGCUCGAUCGGAACGGUCGCUGGACCGUCACCGCUUAGAACGGGGGUUCCGGGAAUGGGUCUUCUGAAACAUUCCCCAUCACACCAGCACCAGGCGGGAUUGCAUCGGAUGGGACCAAACAAUGGGACCAUUAAAAUGGCCAAGGGUGCGUCCACAAAAACAAAGGAUAUUCUGCAGGCAACAGCCGCAGCUGCGGUUUCUGCCGGUCCCGUCGGUACAAUGACGAUUGGGACCACUUAUCGGUUUCCCAACGUGUGCCAGCCGGGGAACACUUUACUGUGGGAUCUUCUUCAAGAUGAUAAAAUUGGUCAAUUGGGCCAAUUGAUUGCGCUGGAAGCAGAAAAAGUGCUUGGUACGUUGCUUUGCUUCCACACGGAUAAGCACAUUCGUACGCGCUUCAUCGAAGGCUGUCUGCAGAACCUAGCCGAUAAUCAAAGUGUCGUUACGAGCUUAAAACUGCUACCAAAGCUGUUUGCUUCCUUUCAGCAGUUUCGCGACGUCACUACCCAUCAGGUGGUUCUGUGGUCGGAACGCCAACACCGUAUGAUGUUUCACUUUUUCAACAAUCUUAAACACUACACGUCAUCCGUGCGCAGUGGUGCUGCUGAAUUGAUGGCUCAGAACGGAGCGACACCUCCAUUGUAUGCGCACGUGACGCAAAUCCAGGUCCGGCUGCAGUUCCUUACAUCCGUGUUUAGUGACGUUGGGUCACCGCGAAGCUUUCGCUUGACGUUGAACCAGGUGGACAGUCUGUGGGCGUGCCUGGCCAACGAUCCGGAGUGCAGCGAUUGUCUGUUUUCGUGGCUGCAGGCUCAGGUCAAGGGCGGAGAUACGCACGCACUCGGGCUGAACGCAAUCCAGCAUUUGUAUUUGAAGCGGCUGUCGGAACUGAAACCAGAAGGCAUAUCGAUGGUGGCGUUGGGAUUGUUCCAGCAGCUCUUUACCUUAGGCCGGGAGGAGCUGGGAUUUGGUCAGUCGGUGCCAGGCGGUGAGCGAAAUCGCGAGACGGACACGGUGGGCAUGGAGCACCUGUGGAAGAUCGCACUCCGAGCAACCAACACCGACGUUUCGUUGUCCGCCAUUCAGUACAUCAACACUUAUUACAUGGAAAAGCAACUAAAGUACGAACAUCAGUUUGUUGCCCAAUGCAUGAACCACUUGUCGCAGGCCGUCGAGGAACUAAAUCAACACUCCGAUGAUAAUGGCCCGGCGACCGAAUAUGCCUUGCUGUGUGUUCAGCGUGCAUUAAUGCUGCUUAACACCCACCUGGACACGUUCCGGCGUCGUUACGCGUAUCAUUUACGUCGUUGGGCGCUCGAGGGCAACGACAUUGGGGCGCACAGUGCUCUGCGUACGGAGGGUCCUGGACCGCCGAUACGUAUCGUGUUGCAGCCGGCGGGCGUACCGGACAAAUCAUUUCUCAAUCUGAACGCGAGUGAUCUAGUGGCCGAUAUGAAGGCUGAAAUCGCGAAAUGGUGGGAAAAGUUUCAAGGAGCCACCCAAGCUUCCAAACCGGCACAGUCCGGUGGUGUCAGUGGCAGCGGAGAAGGAAUCAGCGGCGAUGGGUCGGCCCCUGUUCUCGGGCUGUUGCUCAACGAUGGACCACUGCGCAUUAUUACCCAGGGCCAGGAAAUAACGGCCGAGUACGAUGAGCGCAGCCUGGCCGAUGUGGGCUUCAAGGAUAAUCAGAUGGUUUACGUGUCGCUGGGAGGGCGCAGCGGUAGGAGACGCGAGUUGGACGAGAAUCCAUCGAUGCAACCACCGCCACCCAAGGACUGCCUGCCGACUCUGCUACUGUUGAGGCCGCCGUACUUUGAGCAACUCUUUAGACUGAUGCAAACCCUGGGGGAUAUGAAAAUUAGCACCACGGGAGAGCGCUGCCAACCAAACACCAAAGCGCAACUGCUUUCACGCCGUGUUUGGGACAUUCUCGCCAUGCUUCCGACGUGCCCGUCGUUUUUCAGCACGUUGAAGAAUCUUUCUUUCAAGUGUGCCACUAAACCAUCCAGCCAUCGCUACAACAUUACCGAAAAGAAGGCAGAAGGCAAGGAGGAGCCAAAUGUGGACCCCAGCAAGAGGGAAGAUCGGACCGAGGAACAAAGGCAACCCGAUGCUAAAGACGGCGAGUCGUUGCUGGGAGAUCACUACACGAUGGAGGAGAUUUUGGAUCCGUGCAACUUGCAAAAGUUUAUGUACGCCUUGCAUAUUGUCGAGAGCCUGUGCAAGUCGAAAUUUGUUGGAAACUGUUGCGGUAGCUCUUCUGCCGGAGUGGUGUUGCACGCGAAACCGACUCCGUUUGGCGAGAGUGGCAAUAAUCGUGUCACCAUCGGUGGUGCUAGCACGAGCUCCAAGUCUCUUUCGGUGAAGAACCAACUGAAGCUUAAAAUUUCUUCGUCCAAAUCGCUUAAGAUGCAACACCAAACGUGCAUGAGACAACAGGGGUCAAGUUUGGCUCAGGAGUCUCAGACGGUCGCAAGUAGCAACCGGUCUCCGCCGAAAGGUAAACGUUUGGAAUUUGUGCCGAUGUCACCGGGGCCCGGUGUUGUAAAGCCCACGCCACUGUCCAGUCAAGAGGAGCGGGUGGAUACGUAUUCAAACGAAACAGCGCAAGGUGCGGAGAGUGAGAACAAGGAAAACAAACCAAACCCGGCGGUGCAAAACACACAAACGGAGAAUCCGUGCAUCAGUAAGCAGGAUAAAUGUCAACGAUCUGGGGAUGAAAUUCUUGUGACAAACCCGCUUGAAAGCCAACAAGAGGCAUCGAUCGUGGCAAAUACGCGUUCGGGAGGAUUAGAGGAAGGUUCAGAGGAAAUGGUUAAGCCCGAUGUCCAUCGAGAACUUGCACACGACGAUACCAACGACCCCAGUGCCAGUAGCUCCUCGAGGGUGGUAGAAUGGAGCGAUGAGUUUAUGAGAUGUGGCGGGCUGGCGCAUCUGUAUCGCAUUUUCCUAUCCGGUGUGCUGCAGAAAUCUGCCGACGGUUCGGACGAAGGCGAGCUAAACGAGUGGCGCCAUGAUUGUUUGGCCUCGUUGCUACGCAUCAUGUGCCUGCUGGGGAUGGACGAGCUCAAGUCAGCAGAAGCCGAAGGAAAUGCUAUCAUGAUUCCCCCGCUCAACCGCGAAACGCUGGCAUUGUUUGAGCCGCGCCCAACCCUCGAGCGGAUUGCGUCGAUCCUGAACGAAGAAUCGCUUCCGGUUAACCCGAACCUGUUUAAAACGGGGCUGUUCGGUCGACCGCAAGUCAUUCACUACGCCAUGAAUUUGCUCGUCUGCUACGCGCACUCAUGCAAAGAGGUACGACGGAUGCUGUGGACCAUCGAGGCGAACGCGCACUGGCUGCAGCGUUUGAUCCUGGACGAUCCGGAACCAGCGGUACGGCGGGAAGCGUGUGCUGCCUUAUACCGACUGUGUCUGGGCAAUGCGCAGACAUAUUACGAGCUGAUGGCUCCUUUGCUUUCCAAGUUAGUCGCGCUUUUACCCCUAGCGGAAAACAUGAAACCACAGGCACUGGUCGGUGCGACUGGCGGUGGUAUCUACGGGGCGCUGCUGUCGGCGGGUGACGAAGGCAAAGAGCCAUACGGACCAGCAUGCAGGGACUAUUUUUGGCUGCUGUGCCGACUAGUGGACGCACUCUCACCCGAGCUGUUGCGUGAUAAUGCCGGGAGCACUGUGGCCGAUUCUUCGCAGCCACGGGAUGCAAUAGGUCUGGAUGCCAUGUGCCAGCAGGUAGCCCGAAGCAUCCUGGAACGAGACUACUUGGAAAGCCGGCACGGAAGCCCCGACGAUGGACUGUUCGGAUUGCUGAAUCUGAUGGCAAAUUUGCUCAAGUUUGAUCCCGCCUUCAAGUACAGCCUGGCUGGACAAGAGUUUAUGGUGAGCGUGUUUUGCUGCCUAUUUGAGUUGCCGUCGCCCGAGGAUCGCGACAAGCCGAAAUGCAAAAGCCACGCUGCACGAGCGGCCGCCUACGAUCUGCUGGUGGAAAUGUGCCGAAAUGCACCAAACAACUAUCUGCUGCUUCAUGGCAAGCUCAUGCAGCAGCAUCGGGCAGGACCGCACUCACCGUACCCGUGGGACUACUGGCCACAGGACGAAGGCAGAUCCGAGUGCGGAUACGUCGGACUGACGAAUCUGGGUGCCACGUGCUACAUGGCGUCCUGCAUCCAGCAUCUUUUCAUGACCCCACAAACUCGUGACGCCAUUCUGGCCAUCUCGAGCGAUGCACCACACAAGCAUAAGGCGACACUUUACGAGCUGCAGCGCAUGUUUGCCUACCUGAUGGAGUCGGAACGGAAGGCCUACUGCCCGCGGUCGUUCUGCCGAGUGUACCAGAUGGACCAUCAACCGCUCAACACCGGAGAGCAGAAGGAUAUGGCGGAAUUUUUCAUCGACCUCGUCUCGAAGCUCGAGGAAAUGACGCCCGAUCUGAAGAGUCUUGUGAAGCGCAUCUUUUGCGGCGUCAUCAGCAAUAAUGUUGUGUCCUUAGAUUGUGGGCAUGUCAGCAGGACUUUGGAGGAGUUUUACACCGUUCGGUGUCAGGUGGCGGAUAUGCGCAACCUCCAUGAGUCGCUCGACGAGGUCACGGUUAAGGACACACUGGAGGGGGAUAACAUGUACACGUGUUCACAGUGCGGCAAAAAGGUGCGAGCCGAGAAACGCGCCUGCUUUAAGAAGCUGCCACAGAUCCUGUGCUUCAACACGAUGCGCUACACGUUCAACAUGGUGACGAUGCUGAAGGAAAAGGUGAACACGCACUUUUCGUUUCCGAUGCGUCUCGACAUGUCCGGGUACGUCGAGAAAACGCUCAUGCCCCACCACUACCAGGAGGAGAAGCGGAAAUCCCAGAUGCGUCGAUCACAUUCGCGCAACGUCAGCGAAUCUUCCGCAUCGGGAGAAGCGGUCGGUACUGGCACCGGUCCUGCUGCGACUCUCCUAUCUGGUGGUGUAAACGAUGAGUGUAGUAGCAGCAGCAGCAACAGCAGCAGUAGUGCUAGCAGCAAUAACAGCAGUAGCAGCACAGGUAUCAUGAGUACGAGCAGUGAUUGUAACGCGGCCGAAAGAGCCAACGGGGUAGCGGCGGGAUCCACGGGCAAGCCGGUUUCUAGUGGUGACGACGUUGAUAUGAUGGGAGGACCACCUGAGGUCGGGACGAGCGGGAAGAAAACUGAAACGACAAACGGUAACCUCAGCGAUGGCAGCAACAGCGAUCUGCAACGUCAGCAGCAGACGAUGGAUGAGAAAGAGUCUGAAGACUUUAACGAACAUUACGAGUACGAUCUGGUCGGUGUGACGGUGCAUACUGGGAAUGCCGAUGGCGGGCACUACUACAGCUUCAUUAAGGAGCGCAACGAGGAUGGCGAUCCGAACCACCAGGAGCGUUGGUUUCUGUUUAACGAUGCCGAGGUGAAGCUGUUUGAUCCAUCGCAAAUAGCGGCGGAAUGUUUCGGUGGCGAGAUGACGAGCAAAACGUACGAUUCGGUUGCGGAAAAGUACUUGGAUUUUAGUUUCGAAAAAACCAACUCUGCAUACAUGCUGUUCUACGAGUGGCGAUCCAACAAGGGCAAGAACGUGCAGCGCGACCAAGUCGAUCAGCAAACAAACUCAGCGACGGGAGCAAUGAUUGCGUCGGAAAAACGGACCACUGCUGUUGGUUCCGAUAGUGAUAAAAAAGCUGCAUCUAUCCUUCCAUCCACCAGCAGCCCAACGGAGGGCUCCGCAAGUGUUAAACACGCUUCAGAAAAGCCUUCCAAAAGCACCACCACCAGCGUACCGGCGGAUGUGCGAACAAAUACUAGCAAGCAACAGGGUUGUGCAGUAUCACCGUCAUUGGAACCGGUGCAAGCAGCACCACCGACGGUUGUAAGUCUCUCCAGUGGGCAGGGUCUAGUCUCUGCUCAAAGCGCUUCAAAUGCCUCCGACGAUGCGUUGGAAUCUGUGGAAUGCACGCCGUCGCCAUCACAACUGCCAUCGCCAUCGAGCAGCGAUUCGGUAAACAUUGCUGCUACUCGAAAUGAUGUGAGUGUCGUUAUGCCGCCGAGCCUGGGAUCGCCAGCAGAAAGCCAUCGCCCAACCGGCACCGAAACAGCGGGUCGAGAGCACGCAACUAACGAACGUGAUCAAGAGACUGAACAAAUCAUCCAACAACCUAGUGAAGUAGCUAAGCAAAAUAAUAACCCAAGUAUAUGUGAUAUAGAUAAUAAGCAUGCUAGCAGUGCUAGAACACCAUCGAAAACAACAUCAUCACAGCAGCAGGAAGUCGGAUCGUCGUCAACGAGUGUGAUUAGCCCUGCCCCGACGUUAGCAUCCCUUGCUAGCACUGCUUCGCUGUCGCCUGCGUCUACCACAUCGACCGUGUCGGCUCCUUUGACGAUAUCCGGGGCCACGGUGGUCCUUGCACCCUCGGCUUCGCCCCUGCAUCCAAUGAUGGUACCGCUGGCGGGUUCAACUCUCGGUCCGGGAUCGUCAUCGGUUGCGCAUAUGGGUGUUUUGUCCGGUGCCGGAACGGCGUCCACCUCGGUUCUGAGCUACCAGAGCUCGGCCGGUUGCUCAUCGACUUCCGCCGUAGCUGCCGGUGCUUCCGCCAUGCUGCACGACGUCGUCACGGAACCCUCGCCGUCAUCCUAUUCGUCGAUAUCGUCUCUUUCGGCUCUGACGGCCACUGUAGGCGGUAACGUCGGACUACCGAUGGCGGCCGUUGUAGGACCGGUCAGUGGCGGUCCACCGGGACCAUCGCUGCACGCCGCGUCUCACGUUGUGCUGCCGUCGGCAUCACCCGGAUGCUCGAGCAGUGCUGCGGGUGCUGGUAGUGGAAGCAACACUUCCGGUGGUACAGGCCUCGUUUUGGUCAAUCGAAUCAGCCAUUCGAACAAACGGUUGCGCCGCCGGCCACUAUCGAAAGAGCUGGAGGAGUGGAUAUGGCAAGAUAACAGGCACUUUCUACAAGACCGAAACAUUUUUGAGCACACGUACUUCAACUUCAUGUGGCAAAUAUGCGGCCAUAUACCGCAAAGCCUACUGUCACUGCCAGACAUUACAUGCAUUGCGGCACAAUUGUCCGUUUCCUUUUUUAUCGAAACAUUCAUCCAUGCGAAGGAAAAGCCAACGAUGGUGCUGUGGGUGGAGCUGCUCACAAAGCAGUUUAAUGCGAGCCAGGAAGCAUGCGAGUGGUUCCUGAGCCACAUGUCCGCGGAACCGUGGUGGCCCGUCCAAGUGCUCAUACAAUGUCCCAACCAAAUGGUUCGCCAAAUGUUCCAACGACUUGUGAUACACGUGAUUCAGCGCCUGAGACAAAGCCAUUGCAGCCUGUAUCUGAAAGGGGAAACCGACAUUGACGGGAAUGAAAUAAUCGGCAACGUGUCGUGCGUAACGCGUUUCAUCAAAUCGCUCAUCAUGCUGAUGGAGCACGGCGCGAAGGCACACUCGAGGCACCUGUCGGAGUUUUUCGGGCUGCUGUACGAAUUUUCCCGCAUGGGCGAAGAAGAGGCGCUCUUCCUGCUGCGCAUCAACGUGAUUCGUAGUGUCGCCGAUUUCUACCUCGGCCACAAGGGACAGGAAUGUAUUGAUGCGAAUUCGGACAAUGAGGAAAACUCGUCGGAUGAAGCGUUAACCGUCGAUAAAUCGCGACCGGCCUCACUGGACAAGAUGAUUGCGUUGGUCGCGUCCCUGGUGGAACGGUCCCGUGGGCCGGAUCUUAGGCUACAUUUGUCCGCCCGGGACUACAACGCUAUUGCCGGUGGUAAAGGCUUCCCGUUUCUCUACCAACAGAUAAAGGAUAACAUAAACCCACAGCAAACGCGCCACCUGAUCCACGCGCUGUGCCGGUGCGACGAGCGACUCGCCAGCCAAAUCAUAGCGAUGUUGUUUUCCGCCGUUACCAAGCACACGGAACUGUGCGGACCGUUUUUUAAGCUGAUAACGCUGCUCACCGAGUCCUCGGGUGGCCCGUCCGGGCUUCCGUGUUUCUCACAGCUCGUGUUGCAGCGCGUGUGGGACGCAGCCGAGUACUGUCCCCAGUCCGCCCUCGAUUGGCUGGCCGUGCAGGCACCGCGCAACAAGAUUGUCCACAGCUGGAUCCUGCAGUCCGCCGACAGCUGGGUGGAGCGGUUUCUGCUGGCACACGGAAACGCGCGGGUGCGAAAUGCGGCCGCCUACCUGCUAGUGUCUCUAGUGCCUUCGCAAAGCUUCCGCAACAACUACCGAGCCACGUCGCACCACAAGCUCUCGAUACACGUGUUUCAGCAUCGUGAAAUUUCCUGCGAAGCGCAACUCAUCCUGCACACCAUACUCAACCUGCUGUUGUUACUGCUUCGCUCGGCACGAAACUACACCGACAUUAACGUCCACGGGACGAGUAAGCUGACCGCUUACUUCAACCUACUCACGUACUGUUUGGUGUCGAAGACGGAGAAACUGAUGGUUGGCCCCCACCUGAGAGCGCUCUGGGACCUGUUUCAUCCACGGUUAUCCGAACCUGCCGUACCGGCACACCACAACAAGCAGGCCUUGCUGGCGUUUUGGUAUCAGAACACACUGGACUGUCCGGAAAACGCAAGCCUCGUGGCGAACUGCGCGGACAUAACGAGAAACAUUGCGUUUAACUAUAUUUUAGCGGACCAUGACGAUACGGAAAUAGUGACGUACAACCGCGCAAUGCUCCCAGUGUACUAUGGUUUGCUGCGAAUGUGUUGCCAGCAAAGCCGGCUCCUAACACGCCAGCUAGCAGCCCACCAGAACCUACAGUGGGCGUUCAAAAACAUAACGCCCCAUCCGACGCAAUAUCCGCUGGCCGUCGAUGAGCUGUUCCGCUUGAUGACGCUCUUUGCCCAGCGUCAUCCGGACGCAAGCGAGGCCGAACAGCGCGAGGUGACCAUCUUCCGACGCACCACACUGACCGCCUAUCUGAACGGGUUGGAUGCGCGUGUUUCCUGGAGCACAUUAAUAGCGGCCCUACGCAUUCUGGUCGAAAACGACGACGAUCGGUUGUACGUGGUGCUGAACGGGGGUAUAACGCUGUGUUUCGACGCGUUGCACACGCUCCACUCGAUGUACCACGAAGCGACGGCUUGCCACGUGUUCGGAGAUCUGCAGGAACUGUUGACCGAGGUGAUCCUGCUGAUCAGUACGUUGCGUGCCAGCAGCCGUGAACAAAAGAAACGUCCACAGCCGGCCUUGAUGAAGGGCCUACCGGAUGCUGUUCGUCGGCUGGCAACGCUGCUCAACACGUUCAAUCCACCCGAGAUGCGCAACCUGGCGCUGGAAGUGCUGAAGGAACUGGUCAAGUGUGCCCCACCGGAUAUCAUUACGACCGUGCUGGUUCCGCUGUUGACAAGCUGCCACGCACCGCACGUGCACCAUCUCGUCCAUCAGGCAAACAGUGCCGCUGGAACGGCAGCCUCGUCGGGUAUGGCGACGACUCCUGCAGUGGCUGCGGCAACUGCUGCUUCCACCAUCGGUCCGCUGGGUUCGUACUUUCCGCGGCGUGGCAUCAAGGCGGCAUGGCCUCCGGUUUCGAAGAACACUCCCCGCCCACCGAAGGCUAUGAUCCAGAUGAACAUUCCACAGUCACAGAUAUGUGAAAAGGGCAUGGACAAGGAUUUCGAUCUUGCGCUCGAGCUGUUUUACCGGCCGUACCACGAAUUCCUCGACAUCAUGUUCCGGGUGGCGGUCACAUCGAAUCACUUUAGCGAACCGUUGGUGCAUCUGUCGUUGCUGACCGGCAUCGAGGCGGUGGUGCUACACUUUAACAUUUUCGCCAAGUUCUGGGUCGGAAUUUACAACAACAAAACAACGAACCGGUAUACGGAGAUGCUUAUCAAGAAUCCACUGCUCAUCGAUUACAUUGACAUUGUGCUGAGAGACGAAAGACUUUCGCUGAACGAUCCCAUCAUAGCGAACUUUAUCGAAAUCUACUAUCCUAAGAUAAAAUCUCGCCUGAUUGUGCCACGGCUGCUGGAAUCCAUCUGCCAGCUACUGCCGGACAAAGGAAACCUAGAGGACAUCUGUGGCGAUCUGCAGGCGAUCCGCAUUAUCGGUCAGCGCACGGGCAUCCCGGCCAGCGUAAAAGGCGCGCUGCAAAACUCGCUCCAUGCCGUGCUCACGAAGUUUAAGGAUGAAAUUUACAGUGAUGAAGAAAUACCAACGAAAAAGCGAAAAGUGACGAUACCACACAUAACGAUCCAUCCCGUGCUCCGUUCGCCAAUGGUCGGAACGGGCGGAACCGGACCCGCAGGCAUUGGGCGGGCUUCGGAGAGCUUCCAAGCAACGGCUGCGAUCGCGACCGGUGGUUUGCCGGAAGGAACGUCCCUGAAACCGACGCGGCUGAAGGAAACGAUACCGGCGUCGAUCGAAAUAACCGUACAAAGCAAAACGACCGUCCCGACGACGACGACAGUGGUCGUAGGCGGUGUCAUUAAGCCACCAAGCAAUGCCGAGAACGUCCCCAGUACUAGCGAUGAUCGAACGCACUCGACAUCAUCGGGGUCGUUGGUGGCAUUAGAUGGUGGAGAAACACCCGACGUCAAGCAACAGCACGGGCAUUUGAGUAGCGGCAACGAACGGGAGCAUCGGGCGAAGUGUGGCGAAAGUAGCGAGAGUGUCGUCGAUCAUGCACCGGGUGAGAGAGGGAAACAUGGCCCGGAAAUGACGGGUGAAACCGUGGGACCGGUGGGAAUGGAGGGUUGUCUCGCAGGCACAGAACAGAACCAGCUGCAGCAUCAGAAGCAACAGGAGCAGUACUUGCGGAAUUUGGUAAAAGACAUCGAGAGCCAUAUCGAGCUGAUAUUCGAGUGUCUGGACGACGAGGAUGGCGACAGUGUUGACGGAAGCGUGGAAAAGUCACACCCGCAGCAUGCUGAGCAGGACCAAACGAUGAAAACGGAGGCAACGUGGAUCGCACCGAGAGAAAGGACGAGUGCAAAUGCUAUGAAACAGGCGUCAGCUGGCGGGGAACCGGUGGCCACCGUUGGUAGCAACGAUCCGGCAGCGUUGGAUGGUGCUACGAUCCGGCACACCGGUGGUCGGACACUUAGCGACUGCGAGGAAGGACAAGGGAAGCAGCAGUGUCCUAGCCCAAGCAAGAUACAAAAGAGCAAGGUUGCACAUGACGAUCCGGUGAAGGAAACUCCCGCCGACGACAGUGCCGGUAGCAGUGAUCUUCAGGCGGAAAGUUCACAGAAGGCGCAGGAUCUCGCCAAGGAACGUCUUGCGGGUAGCCAGGAUGAGCCACAGUUGGGCGAUCCUGACACGACGGAAAUGAGUGCGUUGCUGCUGGAGAAGCUAUACGUUACGGGCGUAAUUCCGACAAAGUGGGAUCUGGAGCGCAUCGUCGUUCUGGCGCCGGAAUCUUUUGCUCGUGCUGGAGGAUUUCGUAAGCUGGGUCGACAGUUCGACAAUCCGUAA